CGGUGGGUCCCGGCUCCGGUUUAGAACGUCGCUGCACGUCUCCUGCAUGUCUCCUGCAUCACCGGCUUCCGGACAUCUACCAAUAAACUGCCCUACAAGCUUCCAUGGCCUCCCAGCUAACAUAAUCUCCACAAGUGUCCAAUCCAAACACCCAAAUAAAAAUGCCGACCAGAAUACCCAAACCAGAAGACUUCGAGCACCUAACCCCCUCCUUACACACAUCCCUAAUCUUCCCCGAAGUCCCGGAAACUACCACCGCCAUCCUAAUCCUCUUCCACGGCCUCGGUGACUCCGAAGCUUCCUUCGCCACCUUCGCCAAAAAUCUAAACCUCCCCGGCGUUCUCGCCAUCUCCGUACGCGGCGUGUCUCCCCUUCCCCCGUCUCUCCUAGGUCUCCCUCCCGCUGAAGCUGCGCAGCCAACCCGGCAUUUCCACUGGGGAGAUGACUUGGCCCUAUCGCCGGCGACCGGGGACUUGGAUCCCGACCCGGGAUUUACGAAAGCCGAGAGCUUGGUGCUGGGCAAACUGAUUCGCGAGACGCUUGUUGAGAAGUGUGGCUGGGAGACAAACGACAUCCUGCUCUUUGGCUUCGGGCAAGGCGGCUCGCUGGCUCUAGGCCUAGCGUCAAAAAUCCGCGAGGGCGAGAAAGUCGUGGACGUGACCGAGGGGAGCAAGACUAUGCUAGGCACGGCAUUUAAAGGCGCCGUGUCGAUUGGCGGGCCAUUGCCGCCGAGCACGAUACCGACGCUGAGCGCGCGAGAGAAGGCUCGCACGCCGGUGUUAGCGUGUCAUGGCAGGUCAAGCGAGAUUCUCGAUGACGAUGCGAUAGACUUAUUGAAGAGGGAGUUUGUAGAUGUAAGGGAAGUCAAGUGGAGGAAAAAUGACGACGGCAUGCCUCAGAAUAGAGACGAGAUGUUGCCGAUUAUGCAGUUUUUCGCUGAGAGAUUACGCGGGUGGUAGAGCCUACCAUCAUACUAAGUAAUACCGGCAAAUAGUCACUAUUAAUCCUGGGGGAUAAUGGGGUUUUAUGGAAAUAAACUGUAUGUGUAAUUUAUUUGGUGAGAACUAAAUAGGUACGCUUGGUCAAGUUUCAUCUAACCCGAUAUAUAUACCUAGGUACCUAAAAUAUACAUAUAGGUAUAUAUGUGUCCAAGUGCUCUAAUGAUCACUUUACUACUUGAUAGCAUAAGAGGGAACAUCAUGUCCCAUUAGUGCUAAUAAACAUAA